AUGACAGAGAGAAGAGUUGAAUUCUGUAGAGCACUUGGCAAAUUGGCAUUCCUUAAUACACUCAUCAUCUACAAUUAAAAAGAGUACAUCAUCUAUUUUCAACCUAUGGAGAGUAAGGGACGUUGCAAAAUUCAAGUUACAAAUGGUUUCGAUUUUUGGGUAGAAGAUUUUGAUUUGGAAAAAUUUGAAUAAAAACGCAAAAAAAGCGGAUUAGAAGGAACUUACAAUAGUUAUUUUGAUAUGAUGCAUCGAUCCAUUAGUCAAAGGAAUUUUGAAGUUUGUGUUGAUCAAACCUAAAACUUUGUUUUAACUCUCUACUUCCAACUAAACAAAGGUGUCUCAUUAAAAGGGGACUUUGAAUUAGGAAGACCUUUACAUUUUGAUGAUAUUAAAGAAUUUCAUUGUGUCUAUCGAUUAUUCUUGUUUGAUAUUUUCAAGGCAAAGGAUUAAGAAAGGAUGAAGGCUGAAGUCAGUAGAAAAGGAAGAAGAAUGGAAGAAAGGGAAUCCAAAAAAUCUAUUUCUUAACCAAGAUAGGAUGAAGAGGAAGAACAAGAUGAAGACGAAAGUGCUGCUCAAAGAAGGAAAAAAGUUUAAUUAUGA